AGCAGCUUUUCUCCUCUGAUCAUCUCCAGCUUCGUCUUUUCUCCACCAGUCACUCAGGAGCUGAAGAGACUGGGAGCUCGAGCAGCGGCUCUGCUGACACCUCCACCCCGGAACCAGCGCAUGACAGCCCGGCUGGACUUCAACUCCGUCACCCGCCCCCCCCCCAACCACCCACCAACCACCACUCCGGUGCAACUUUUCUCUGCAAACUUGCUUCUUCUGACAUGAAUCUGAGGAUUUCAUGAGAAACGUUAAACGACAGCGGCCUGUGUUUGUUAUUCUGCUCCUGCUCAUUUCAAAGUUCUCUCACGAUGACGUCACCACAGUGAAGGACAUUAGAGACAAAAUGACUGAGACCUUGUGAUGGAGUAAACCUGCUGAUCCUCAGACUGUCUGUAGCCGUGAUGGCCGCCGCCUGUGCAGAGAGGGACCAGCAGCUCCUGCCGCUCCAGGAAGUGGACUCCAGCCGAGUGAGGAGCUGCGUCCUGUCUCCGAUCCUCAGCUCGUCCCCUCCCGGUCUGCCCCUCGACGGCAGCCAGCCCAUCUGCAUCCCGUCCCCGUACGCCGAACUGGGCCACGACUUCGCCACCAUCCCCUUCUACAGCCCGACCAUCUUCAGCUACGCCGCUCCCAGCAUCUCAGAAUGUCCCUCCGUCCACCCGACCCUCAGCCCGUCUCUGUUCUGGCCCGGCCACGGCCACGGCCACAUGGGGCCGCCCAUGCCCCUGCACCGCUCCCAGGGUCGACCCCAGCAUCCCCAGCCCAUCCAGAGUCCGUGGGGGGAGCUGACGCCGCGGGACAGUGUCCUGGCAAACAGUAAGAGUGUGAGGAGGCGUUCCCAGGAGAGCGAGGACGGCCUGGUGUCGUCCGGCGGAAAGUCCGACCUCCACUACUGCGCCGUGUGCCACGACUACGCCUCGGGCUACCACUACGGAGUGUGGUCGUGUGAGGGGUGCAAGGCCUUCUUCAAGAGGAGCAUCCAAGGACACAACGACUACAUCUGCCCGGCGACCAAUCAGUGCACGAUAGACAAGAACCGGCGUAAGAGCUGUCAGGCCUGUCGCCUCCGGAAGUGCUACGAGGUCGGGAUGACCAAGUGUGGGAUGCGAAAGGACCACGGGAGCUUCAGGAACACCAAGCCGAGGCGGAUGACGCGUCUGUCCUCGCAGGGCAAAGCCGGCGGACCCAAGGCUCUGCCCGGACCAGUGGCGGCGGCCCUUAUGAAUGAGCUGCAGCCUCCAGCGCUGACCCCAGAGCAGCUGAUCGAGCGGAUAAUGGAGGCGGAGCCGCCGGACAUCUACCUCAUGGGGGACACAAGCGGCCCGCUGACCGAGGCCAACGUCAUGAUGUCACUCACCAACCUGGCCGACAAGGAGCUGGUUCACAUGAUCACCUGGGCCAAGAAGAUUCCAGGGUUCGUGGAGCUGGGCCUGUUGGACCAGGUGCACCUGCUGGAGUGCUGCUGGCUGGAGGUGCUGAUGAUGGGACUGAUGUGGAGGUCGGUGGACCAUCCAGGGAAACUCAUCUUCUCCCCCGACCUCAGCCUGAGCAGAGACGAGGGGAGCUGCGUUCAGGGCUUCUCCGAGAUCUUUGAUAUGCUCAUCGCUGCCACGUCCCGAGUGAGAGAGCUCAAGCUGCAGCGGGAGGAGUACGUCUGCCUCAAGGCCAUGAUCCUCCUCAACUCCAACAUGUGCCUCAGCUCGUCCGAUGGCAGCGAGGAGCUGCAGAGUCGCUCCAAGCUGCUGCUCCUCCUGGACGCCGUCACGGACGCUCUGGUGUGGGCCAUCGCCAAAACGGGCCUCACCUUCCGGCAGCAGUACACGCGCCUCGCUCACCUGCUCAUGCUGCUCUCACACAUCCGCCAUGUCAGUAACAAGGGCAUGGACCACCUCCACUGCAUGAAGAUGAAGAACAUGGUGCCCUUGUACGACUUGUUGCUGGAGAUGCUGGACGCCCACAUCAUGCACAGCUCCCGCCUGCCACGCCAAGCCACCCCCCAGCCGGAGUGCAAGGAGCAGGGGGAGGUUCCCGCUCGACCCCCCUCUGGGAACAGCUCCUCCACCACCUGGACUCCCGGUCCUUCUGGAGAUGGAGGUGAAGCCCAGUAGACAAAUGGAGGAACUCGAACAGGAAGAAGUUUCACGGCUUUGCAAAGACACAUCCACAGGACUGUGUGGAGUCUCGUGAGCUUCUCAAAUCCUUCGUUUCGGCUUUAGAAGAAAGACCAAACUCAUCGCACAGUGAAAAACCAGAGUGGAAUGAGAAGAAGAACAAACUUUACAGAUAAUGAUCAGCUUCUUGUGCAAAGGGACAGGACGUCCAUGUCCUUUGCUGAAGUCCUCAUGAGGAGACGGCUGUAGCAGAUGCUGAGAUGUUAUUACCAGAGAUACCACAGCUCCAGCCACACGAUAACAUCAGGUAUGAGCAGGAAAUAAAGGCCUUGGUAACACUUUGGUUAUUACAUUAUAUUUUCCAGAAGAUAACAGAGAUCCCUGAUAACUCAAGAUAACAGAUGAUGGGUCAGUUAAAGGUUGGUGUUCACCUCUGCAGAGAAUUCUCCGUCGUGAGCGCUUGUGCAUUGUUUGUGUUGUUCUGCAGAUGCACCUCCAGAACGCUAGUUGGCGAUGAAGGUUCUAUGCCACUUGUGUUGAGGUUCUUAAUGUACAUCACAACAACUGAGCGAGUGACGGAGACGGAGCCAAUAGAUGUGAAAAGGUGUAUGACCAAUGAAUGCGAGGAGGUAAUGCUAAUAAGUGGACCACUCCUGCGUUGUGUAGUUGCGUUACUAAGAAGAUCAAGUCAAGCUACAGCAUCACUUGCUCUUCUGGUGUUGAGUCUAUGCAGAAGUAUAAACUGACCUUACAGCUGAAUUCUAAAUCUGUUUUUUGACAGAUCUUCAUAAACAAGAUCUAACGAGCCAUAGUUUGUUUUCUUAUUGUCAAAGUUCACAUCACAAACCCUGACAUCUGUUCAUUUGUUGUAGGUCAACAGAGGAAGAUCAAAUGUUAUCGAAUUUACGCAAAAAACAUUUUAUUUUCGUAACGGGUACAAUUUGGAGCAAGGACGCAAUAUUUGUACUGAACCACCUGAUGUGUUAAUGUGCCUUUUUCUGGUUGUGGCCAAUGAGGAGGGUCACUUCACUAAUGACGAACAAUAACACAAACUAAAUGAUUCAUAUGAAACUAAGCCAGAUUUGUUGUUUUGAUCCAAAUCAAAGUUUUCAGCGACAAAGUAUUAAAGUACUAUAGUGUCCAACAACACUAUUAUUUUUUUGGUUAACCAAUAAACUGCCGCUUUAUCGCUUUGUUCACCUCCACCCGGCUCCAUCCGCAAAACACAGUAGUUGUAGAAGUACUGCUAAGUCUGUCGGUUAGCUUGUGUUGGGUUGUGCGACUUUCGGAAGAAGUAGUCAGAUCCUUUACGGUUCACUACUGUAUCAAAGCACAAGUUGGCAGCGCCGGGAUUUCUUUGUACGGCGGAGAUCAUUUUUCUUUAUAUGCGAGUAAUGCGACCAUUGAGGGUUAAAAAAAAAUACUAUAUAAUGAAAGAAAGAUCGGACAACAAAGCUAGCUUGGGCGAUUUUAGCUAACGAACGGAAAACUUUCCAAAUCGAAGUAAAUUACUUUUUCUUUUUUCCACACAAAUGAACAAAAUCUGAUUUGUUAUCAAGACAUUUUCACAGCAUCACAGCAAACCUUCACUUGACCACUAGAGGGAGCCACCUCUUGGAUAUUUGUCACUGUUCGGUCCCGGCUUCAUCGACCCCGAGACGUUGUACUUUUUUUCCGUGACGAAUCAUAACCAGCGUUGCUCUAACACAACUUUGCACUGCAUAUACACGACCUGAAGAUAAAGAAAAUAUUAUUUUUGUAUCUUUGUCGCGAUGAAGCUUCGACAAUCACAACCGUCAGAUUGAAGCUAGUUCAACAGAUUUUAAACGUCUGCACCACUUCAGCUGCUCUGUCUGCUUCUCCUCUGAUUUCAGAUCAUCACCGUGAACACGUUCUUACAGUAGAGCCUGACUGAUAUACAUCUUUAUAAAGAUAACAAUUAAAAUUUCUAUUAAUUCCUUAAUUCAUUAUCGAACCCUUAUGACAGAGAAAUGUAAUUGAGGCUUGAAAUUUUACAUUUUAACAACAAACGUCAUAAUUAAUAACUAAAGGUGACUUAGUUGUUUUGAAAAAUAAAAGUAAAUACGUCUGUGAAAAGCUCUUAUAGCUUUUUUUCUAAUUGUUGAAUUGGCCACUUCGAUCCGUCAGGCUCUAACUUCUUGUUCUUCAUAAUCCAAACAGAAACUCAUACCUGCUUCAUUUCUAAUGAAAACUUUUAAUAAUGAAUAUGUUAACAAAGUAAUUGUAAAUGAAAGGACUCAUUUUUGUUCUCGUGUCAAUUAUCACAUUUCUUCAUAUGUUAACUUUCAAACCAUCACUAAUGGAAUAAUGUCAGUGUUUUGAGUUGCUGUCAGUUUUCAUUCAUUUAUUCUUGUUGUACGUUUUUUUUAAUGUUUAUUCAUAAAACUCAUCCUGGUUUACACCAUGGAAUAAAGCAAAAAAUAUUGUACAGAAGCGACUGUGGCACAUUGAGUUGUGGUUUAUAAAUGCCAUUAAAAAAAAAUUAAGUCCUCA